GACUGGUCAACAAAGGCACGUGAUUCCCGAGCGCUCUCCCAUAUUUGGCCGCAUACCUGGCAAAGUACAGUAGGGGCUCCAUUGCUUAUAAUUCAUGAUUGCGUCCAUAAAUCGUGCAGGCACGCCGGAUUAUAGCGACAAAGAUCUACAAAUCGAGGCUUUAAAAAUCCAAGCAAAUGAGCUCUUACUUUGUAAACUCGUUCUCGGGGCGCUAUCCAAAUGGCUCCGACUAUCAGUUACUAAAUUAUGGGACUAACGGCGCGGUGAGCGGCUCCUUCAGAGACCCCGGCACCAUGCACUCCGGGUCUUUCGGCUACAACUACAAUGGCAUGGACCUAACGGUGAACCGCGCCAACACCGGCGGCCACUUCGGGGCCGUGCGGGAGGAUGCGCGGGGCUUCGCGCCGGACGCCCGCUACAGACAGACGGCCAACAACAACAGCAGCUGCUCGCUCGCAGCCCACGAAGACCCGGUGCCGCCGUCGUCGUGCGCCACCGUCAGCCGCGAGCCGCUGGAACUAAAGAGCCCCUCUCCCCCGUCCGACCGGAGCGCGACCUCGGCCGGCGGCGGCGGCGGCGGCAACAACCAGCUGAACAAAAGCAACAGCGCCCAUUUCACAGAGAUCGAGGACGCCGCCGCCAUCGGCUCCGAGAGCGAGGACGUGGCGCACAGCAGCGGCUCCGGCUCCGGCUCCGGCACGGCACCGCGUGCGCAGCAGCAGCAGCACCAGGAACCCAACGCCACCUCCUCCACUCCCUCAUCAAACGACUGCCAAACGCCACAAAUAUUCCCCUGGAUGCGGAAGCUGCACAUAAGCCAUGAUAUGACUGGACCGGACGGGAAACGGGCCCGGACCGCGUACACCCGCUACCAGACGCUGGAGCUGGAGAAGGAGUUCCACUUCAACCGGUACCUGACCCGGCGGCGGCGGAUAGAGAUCGCCCACGCGCUGUGUCUUUCCGAGAGACAGAUCAAAAUCUGGUUUCAGAACCGCAGGAUGAAGUGGAAGAAGGACAAUAAGCUGAAGAGCAUGAGCCUCGUGACGGGCGGCAGCGCCUUCCACAACUGAAGAACUUUUUUGGGGGGGGCGGGGAAGAAGAGUAAAAGAGAAAAAAAAAAGAAUAAUAAUUAAUAAUGAAGAAAAGAGGAAAAGAUAAAAAAAGAGAGAAUCCAUGAGUACUGUAUUGAAAAGCGCAGCACCUUGCAGCAUGCUCUGUUGUGAUAGAAGAAGAAGAAGUAUUCUGUGGUGUUACUUUUCAUUUUGACUGUCGUUGUACUUAUGAUAUAGCUCAUUAGGUGUUCCCAUUUGGAAAAAAAAACAGUUGAAAGUUGUAAAUAUUCUUGGGGUGUAUUAUUAUUAAUGUUAUUAUUAUGAAUUGUCAAAUGCUCUUCGCUCUCCAUCAUCAGUCUCUCUCUCUCUCUCUCUCUCUCGGAGGUGUUUAGACUUGAGCUUUCUUUGUUGUAACUUUUCUCGACGGUCUAACAGGAGUAAAAAAAUAAUAAUAAUUCACUGUACAGUAAAAAAAAAAAAAAAGAGAAGAAAAAAUAGAAUUUCAAACCA